GAGCUUGGGCACACUAUUUCACAGUAAAUAAAUUAGUAGCGUCCCAAAUCUAAAAAAAUAGUUGCAAAAAUCUCACAGAAAACUGAGUUAAAGCGGAACAAAUUCCUAGUGAGAUAAUUACCUUAUAUACUUAGAUGACCAGCGCAAAAAGUGCUUAUCUGUGGCGCCCGUUCUUGUAAAGCUGCAUGUGAUGUCUAGUUCGAUUUUUGAGUUUUUAACACGUUUUUUAGGAACUUAAUUUUAUAGUAUAGUUGCGCAGCUUUUGCUUUGGGAUUCUGUCCAACAGACCAGGCAGAAUCCAUCGCGAAAGUCGCAGCCAGUAGCAACAGUAAAAAAUCGCGAAAGUGCAGUCGAAGAGUUUACCGGCGGGGCUUCUGGCUUAACCAAUGUGGCACUUCCAAUGAGAAAUCAAUUGCAAGGCGUUGGAUGCUCUCAGUAUUGGUUAUUGGCGAGAUUGGCCCCGAGGCAGCGGUAUUGGGCACUAGACCCUAUAGUUCCGAUCAGUCCGAAUUUGAACCCAACACCCCUGAUUUAGAAACUUCCCCACAAUGGCGGAGAAGCUUAAGUCCGAUUGUCCGGAAGCUGGACAGGAUCGCAAGAGACCCCGGCUGGAGGACGAGGAGCAGGAGCUGAAGGUGGCUGGGUUUUCGCUCAGCGCCAUUGAGGAAAUGCGACAGACCCGGGAUAACGAGCUUCAGAACGAACCCAUGGACCAGCAGCUCCGUCAGUUCCAGGUUCUUGACGAAGUCGGCUCUGGUAGCGACGAGGAUGAUGAGUCCGACGACGCGGGCGAGCAGCAGGGUGGAAGGUAUGGAAAUGGAGGUGACGAAGAGGAGGAGGCGGCGAACGGCGACGGGGAGGAGUACGAUUCCUCGGAAUUCGACGACGAGGAGAUCGAGAAUCUGCUGGAUGAGAAGCUCCCCGACGAGUUGCGCGAGUCAAAGCAGCCCAAGUACGAGCAGCGAUUUAAGACUGUGCUCGAGGAAAAGCGACUCAACCAUUUUGAAGUUCUUCCCGAAGGUUGGGUACAGGUGACCCACAACAGUGGCAUGCCGCUCUUUCUGCACCGCAAAACUCGCGUCUGUUGUGCUUCGAGGCCUUACUUUCUGGGCACUGGAAGUGCUCGUAAGCAUGCUGUGCCUUUGGGAGCAGUUCCCUGCCUUAACUACAGGCGGGCAUUGGACGAGGAGUCGGAAGCGCAGCUGCAAAAACCGGAUGAAGCUGCUCCAGCAGCUGUGUGCCCCAUUACGGGAGCGACAGUUUCGCCUGAGGAGCCCAUGGAUGUGGAGGGGAAGGAGAACAGCGCUGGCAGCUCCGAUCCCAAAUCCCAGCCUGGGGGGCUAACUGCCCUUAUGCCAGCUGCCAAAAUCGUCACUGUUAACGAGAAUACGCAAAAGGAAUCCAUAACACCGGAGCAACUAAAUUCCUACUGCCAGAAGCUCUUUAAAUUUAAGGUUAUUCGUGUGCUGCGCUUCAGGAGUUGGAAUGCCCGUCGUAAGUUCACCAAAAAUCGCAAGCACAUCAAGAAUAUUCAACGGCCCACGCUGCCUGAUGGCACAAAACUCAUUAAAUUCCCCAUUUUGGCGACGGCCGGCGAAGGAUCAACGAAUACGCGUGGUCGAAAAGAGUGGAUCAUGAAUCCCAACGGCAAGAGCUUCGUGUGCAUCCUGCACGAGUAUGUGCAGCAUGCUCUGAAAACGCAACCCACUUAUGAGUUCAAGGAACUCCAAAAUGCGGCCACUCCCUAUUCGGCCACCGUGUCGGUGAAUAAUCUCAAGUAUGGAACGGGCUAUGGCACUAGUAAAAAGCAGGCCAAGUCGGAAGCGGCACGGGAAACGCUGGAAAUACUAAUUCCUGAUGUUAAGGACAAGAUAACAGGAAACAACAAGGACCAGAAGAGCGGCACGGCCAAAAAGACGCAGAGUGAUCUGUCUGUUUUUGAUGACAUCCGCAUUGAGGAUCCGCGAGUCACCGAGUUCUGCAAUAAGACAACGGAGCCUUCGCCCAACGCAAUCCUGCUGACUUGUUUGCAGCGCAACUACGGCAGCGAUGUGCAGAUCAACCAGGAGAUCAAUCGCACGGCGAACAACAAGAAUGAGUUUACCAUGACCGUGGGAAAACAUACAGCCAAAGUGGUUUGCAAGAACAAGCGGGAAGGCAAGCAGUUGGCCUCGCAGGCGAUCCUACAGAUCCUGCAUCCACACAUCCAGACUUGGGGUUCCUUGCUGCGCCUGUAUGGCAACAAUUCGAUAAAGACCUUCAAGGAGAAGAAGCUGGAGGAGCAGGAGAUCACAGUGCUGCAGAGCAAGGCGGCUGUGAACCAGCCCAACUAUGCCAUUUUGGACAAACUCAAGUCCGAGAUGUUGAAGCUGUGCGCCAAGCAGGAGAGUGUCCUCACCAUGGGCACCUUUGUGCCGCCCAGCGACGUCGAUCUGCCCACUUCCUCCGGGUCCAACUUAAACAACGUCGAACUCUGAUUGGGAGACACAAAUCUCUCUUACCAACUUCAAUUCUCUAGUAAUGCAUGACAACUUGCCAGUCCUUCUUAAACUUACCCAGUACCAAAUUAUAAACGCUUAUGACAACAACGACGCGUUCUCUAGAGGCUCAAGAACUGAUUACAAUUUGAACCUCAUCAUCAAAAGUGGCAGCUAAUUUUUACUGGCCGAAAAUGAACAAAAAUGCAUAAUUCAAGUGGCAUUAUUAAGUGGCCAAAAAUGAACAUAGAGGUAAACCCAUCAUUACAUUUGCCAAAUAUUAGUAGUUCUUGUUUGCGUUAGUAAAAAUACGGGGUUACAACAUCAUAUUAUACAAAUAUAAGCCUGAAUAAAAGAUAUUUAAAAAGC